AAAUCAUUGUUCGUCUAGGACACCUGAGUGAAUGCCUGUGAAAAUGUCCAAUAUGAUGAUUCUACUUGGUAUCUUAAUCUGUGCGAUUACAUAUCAGACGAACGCUAGAGUAGUUAAACGUGCUGAUGGAAAUCCACAUGAUCUUAUGCUUCCUGGCCAGGGACAAGCUAGCCAGUGUUUGUCUUGUGAAGAAAGUGAAAAAUUAAACUUGGUGGAAUGUUUAAUGAAACCGUUAGCUGACAGGUAUGAACAGUGUGAAACCUCUCGCCCAGAAUGUAUGACUGAACUGACAUGGAAGAAAAAAAAUGGAAAAGACAAACUUGUCUUUGCAUCAAGAUGUAUGCAGAUAGAAGCCUGCAUUGAAAAAGAAGCCAACGAACCAGGAAUUAAUAACUGUGAUGACCCACCGAUCCAUGUAGCCACCAAGUGCCGAUAUUGUUGUAACAAUAACACUAUUACCCAAGGUUAUUUUUGCCCACCACCACGAGAUGUGGUCAACUGUACAGUUCAUGGUGAUCCCCGCUUCAAGACAUUCGAUGGUUUCAAGUACCAUGAAGGCGGCGACUGUGCGAGCUAUACCAUAUUUCACUCGGAAUGCGAAAUCCAUGGUCUGGAUGUGACUGUAACUGAGUCCGAACAUCAAGGUCAUUACCGUGUGGAAACUUUGACAGUCAAACAAGACACCGAUAUUUUGGAACUCGGUAUCAAUGAUUAUAUCAAUCCCGUGGAAAUCAAGUUUAAUGGAAAUGUCCUUCCCGCAACAUUCCCGCAAUCCGUGGGUAGUAGUAUGCAGAUGCUUUUGACCAAAACGGGCACUGACUACGACGUCGUAAUAGAUCUUGACUGGGACGGAUUCCCCGAUCUAGUCGUGGCGUGGGGAUUCAGGAGAGUGGAACUGCAACUCUCUCAGCCCUAUAGUGGAUGCUUUGAUGUGAAUGGCUUAUGUGGUGAUGCAAAUGGGACCCCGGAUUAUGAAAUGAUAACCCCAUCCAAUACCAAUGCUACUGAUUCAAAUGAAUUCCAUGAAAGCUGGGGUAUAGGUUGCUGAUCUGACUGUGGAUGUGAAUCCGGCGUGCUUCGUGAAUGAUUGUGAGACUGCAAAAUAACACACACAAAUAUAUAUAUAGAAUACUGUUAUGUAUAUUGAGUGUAUCCAAGGAAAAUUGUAAGAAUAGAAUAAAUGCAUGAUAAUAAAACAGAA